AUGAAGAAGCGAAAAUCGGGCGAUAAGGAGGGAGUGGGGGAAAGCAAGGCGAAGAAACUGAAGGAUGGAAAGACCGAGUUCUCCGUGGAGAUGUUUAGAACCAUGCUGAAAGACAAGACGCAAAGAAUCGCAGGUAAGAGGAACAGAUUUUUUACAACAAUCUCAGGUCUACAGAAGUUUGUAGCCAGCUGUAAGAACCAGGAAGAUAUCGAAGAGACGGAAGACAUCGUUCAAGACUUCCUCCAGGCGUCUCCAGAGUGUGCGGAGAUCCUCAAACUGUUGGACGAACAGCCCCUGGAUCAUGAGGUCCAGCUGAUUUUCCGCUGUCUGGAGGCAGUUCUGGUCCGUUCAGUCGACCUUCCUCAGUUCCACAUACCCAGCAUGCACGUGGUGCAGAAACUCUCGCACCAGUACUCCGAAAUCCUCAUCAAAAUGCUCAGACUUUUCAACAAUACAAGAGAUCUUGAUUAG